GCACCAUUUGUGUAGUUAUUGCAGUUGAUCCACUUCUCUUCUUUAGAACCUUCAAUUUCUUUCUGUUCUUUCCAAGUUUGGAAUUUACAUUUUCAGUUCAUUUGCAUCCUUCAGUUUUAGUUCACAAAAAAGGCAUGGAGAAAACAAGUGUAACGAGUUUAGUAAGAACAAAGUCGGACCAAUUGAUGGAAUCACUAGCGGCAGCAUUCAGAUCACCACCAACAAUUGACCAGGCGGCCGGAGGAGGAACAUCCACGGAGAGCAGCGGGACCCUCUCUCGGAAGUCGAGCAAACACAACAUGAUGGCAGCUUCACCGGGAAGGAGUGGCGGUUCGGUAGGCAGAAACACACACAUUAGGAAAACAAGAAGUGCACAAAUGAAAUUUGACGUGGACGACCUCACCAGCGGCGCCGCUUUAAGCCGCGCGUCGAGUGCUAGCUUAGGCUUGUCGUUCUCCUUCACCGGCUUCGCCGUGCCGCAGGACGAGAUAGCGGAUUCGAAACCGUUUAGUGAUGAUGAUAUACCUGAAGAUCGCGAAGCUAGAAUGCACAAACCGAAGUUUCAAACCGAACCAACUUUGCCAAUUUAUCUCAAGUUUACAGACGUGACAUACAAGGUGAUAAUAAAGGGAAUAACAUCCACAGAGGAGAAGGAGAUAUUGAAUGGAAUAACAGGUUCGGUGGAUCCAGGUCAGGUUUUGGCACUUAUGGGUCCUUCAGGAAGUGGAAAAACAUCACUCUUGAAUCUUCUUAGUGGCAGAGUAACUCACCAAACUGUCGGUGGUUCAAUCACUUACAAUGAUCAAUCUUAUUCCAAGUUUCUUAAAAGUAGGAUCGGAUUCGUGACUCAGGAUGAUGUUCUGUUUCCUCACCUUACAGUGAAAGAAACAUUAACAUAUGCAGCUCGCCUCAGGUUGCCCAAGACACUGACCAGAGAACAGAAGGAAAAAAGAGCUAUAGAUGUCAUCUAUGAGCUAGGAUUAGAGAGGUGCCAAGAUACGAUGAUCGGAGGUUCAUUCGUCCGUGGUGUAUCGGGCGGAGAAAGAAAAAGAGUUUGCAUUGGAAAUGAGAUUAUUAUCAAUCCUUCUCUUUUGUUUCUUGAUGAACCUACCUCUGGAUUGGAUUCCACAACAGCUUUAAGAACUGUUCAGAUGUUACAAGACAUAGCAGAGGGUGGGAAAACAGUGGUAACAACAAUCCAUCAGCCAUCAAGCAGAUUAUUUCACAAGUUUGACAAGUUGAUCCUUAUUGGAAAAGGAAGCUUACUCUACUUCGGAAAAGCAUCAGAAGCAAUCACAUACUUCUCAUCUAUCGGCUGUAAUCCUCUUAUUGCCAUGAAUCCGGCAGAGUUCCUGAUAGACCUUGCCAAUGGAAAUAUAUUUGAUGUUUCCGUACCGUCAGAAUUGGAGGAUAGAGUUCAAAUGGGGAACUCCGACACUCAAACCAUAAAUGGAAAGCCGUCUCCUGCUGUUGUACAUGAGUAUCUUGUGGAAGCAUACGAGACACGAGUUGCAGAAAUGGAAAAGAAGAAGAUUAUGAAUCCUAUACCUCUUGAAGAAGAAGUAAAGUUGAAAGUUUCGAGUCGGAAGCGACAAUGGGGAACAAGCUGGUGGCAACAAUAUACAAUAUUGUUCUGCAGAGGAAUCAAAGAAAGAAGAUAUGACUAUUUUAGCUGGUUGAGAAUAACUCAAGUUCUCUCUACUGCAGUUAUCUUGGGAUUACUAUGGUGGCAAUCGGACAGCAGAACCCCGAAAGGCUUACAAGAUCAGUCAGGGUUGCUUUUCUUUAUUGCUGUUUUCUGGGGAUUCUUUCCUGUCUUCACCGCGAUCUUUACAUUUCCUCAAGAAAGAGCAAUGCUUAAUAAGGAACGCGCAGCAGAUAUGUAUCGACUAAGUGCAUAUUUCUUGGCAAGGACUACAAGUGAUCUUCCGCUUGAUCUGGUACUGCCGGUGCUGUUUCUUGUCGUUGUUUAUUUCAUGGCAGGCUUGAGAAUGAGUGCUGCUCCGUUUUUCCUUAGCCAGCUUACAGUUUUUCUCUGUAUUGUUGCCGCUCAGGGACUAGGACUAGCUAUCGGUGCUAUGCUGAUGGACUUAAAGAAGGCAACGACACUCGCGUCAGUAACUGUGAUGACCUUCAUGCUGGCCGGAGGAUAUUUCGUGAAGAAAGUUCCAAUAUUCAUCGCCUGGAUUCGCUAUUUGUCUUUCAACUACCAUACAUACAAGCUUCUUCUCAAGGUGCAAUAUGAGGACAUGUCACCUCCCGUUAAUGGAAUGGAAAUAGGCAAUGGCGUACUGGAAGUCAGCGUUCUCGUGGCCAUGGUUUUCGGCUACCGCCUGUUAGCAUACAUUUCUUUGCGGAAUAUGAAGUUCAAUUGUGGAACCUAAGAGAAUGCGAAUUCCAGAGAAACGUAAACUAUUUUAUCAAGAACUUACCGUUUCUCAAAGAGCAAUCUUUGGGAAGACUCACAUUCCGGUGUCGAGCAAGCGAUACCGGCAAAGAUACAAUCUCACCGUCAGUUUUUGCCUCUACGAGAGGUUAUUUUCAUCGUAGUAUCAGCAAGGACAUUAUGUGUCAGUAAUCUGCCAGAAGAUCAUGUUCACUAGCUAGUCUUUCCAUUUUUUUUACCUACUUUUGAUGCAGUGAUGGAAUGUUUGUCAAACUUAACUAAAAUGAUCAGUAAUGAAUUUUAACUGAAUUUA